UCUCUCUUUUUCAUGUUUUUCUGCCAUUUCUGUCUUCAGCAGCUGAAUUUGGAUUUGAGCAGCCAACGGGUCAGAGAUUCCUCCUCUUGGACUCUUACGUUUCACCUUCUUUUAACCGUAGAGACGUGUGGCCGGUGAUGUACUUUGCUCAGAUGGGGGCAAGUGAAGGGACAGAGAGAGGAGGAUGGCCCUGGUUUUGCAUUACAAGGCCCCGCCCCUUUCUGGAAUGGCGUUAUAUAGCAAAAGGUUGAGUGUUUAUGGAUGAGCGUGCGCAAAUAUUGCUUCAGCCUCGAGACAGACAGACGUUAGGCUGCAAUGAAAGAAGAUUCUGCCAAAGCAGGCCUUCCCAAUGGGGCCAGCCGGGAUGUGCUGCCGGCCUCCGAGCAGAAGAUGGAGGAGCGGGGUCAGUGGAGCAACAAGCUGGAGUUCAUCCUGUCGGUGGCGGGCUCCAUCAUCGGCCUGGGGAACAUGUGGCGCUUCCCCUACCUCUGCUACAAGAACGGAGGAGGUGCCUUCCUCAUUCCGUACCUGAUUUUCCUCUUCACCUGCGGCGUUCCCGUCUUCUUCCUGGAGACGGCGCUCGGCCAGUACACCAGCGAGGGCGGCAUCACCUGCUGGAGGAAGAUCAGCCCCUUGUUUGAAGGUCUUGGUUAUGGAACCCAGGUGAUUGUGACUCUGCUCAACUUCUACUACAUCAUCGUUCUGGCCUGGGGGAUCUUCUACCUUUCCUUCUCGUUUUCCUGGGACCUCCCUUGGUCUUCCUGCAACAACACAUGGAACACAGAAAACUGCGUGGAACUCCAACGGAGAAACACGUCAAUCAAUCAAACGGUGAACCCAAACUCCACCUCACCAGUUAUUGAAUUCUGGGAGAGAAGGGCGCUGAGGAUUUCCCCCGGAAUCGACCAGAUGGGCUCCCUGAAUUGGGACCUGGCGCUGUGUCUUCUCGUGGCCUGGGUCAUGUGCUACUUCUGCAUCUGGAAGGGAGUGAAAUCCACAGGAAAGGUGGUCUACUUCACCGCAACCUUCCCCUAUCUGAUGCUGAUUGUGCUGCUGAUCCGAGGCCUCACCCUGCCUGGUGCUGAGAUUGGAAUCCAGUUCUAUUUGUACCCCGACCUGGGCCGACUGGCUGACCCGCAGGUGUGGAUGGACGCCGGCACCCAGAUCUUCUUCUCCUAUGCCAUCUGUUUGGGCUCCCUGACCGCUCUAGGCAGCUAUAACAAAUACAACAAUAACUGCUACAGAGAUUGCCUGGCUCUGUGCCUACUGAACAGCGGCACCAGCUUUGUCGCCGGCUUUGCCAUCUUCUCCAUCCUGGGCUUCAUGUCUUAUGAGCAGAACGUUCACAUCUCAGAGGUAGCAGAGUCUGGUCCCGGCCUGGCCUUCAUUGCUUACCCCCGAGCUGUAUCCAUGAUGCCCUUCUCCCCUUUGUGGGCCGCCCUCUUCUUCAUCAUGAUUGUCUUUCUGGGACUAGACAGUCAGUUUGUAUGCGUGGAGAGCCUGGUGACAGCAGUUGUAGACAUGUACCCCACUGUGUUCCGCCGGAAGAACCGCAGAGAGCUUUUCCUGUUAGCCGUGGUUCUCUUCUCCUUCCUCAUGGGUCUCAUCAUGCUGAUGGAGGGGGGCAUGUAUGUCUUCCAGCUGUUUGAUUACUAUGCAGCCAGCGGCAUGUGUCUCCUCUUCAUGUCCAUCUUUGAGACGGUCUGCAUUGCCUGGGUUUAUGGAGCAGAUCGCUUUUAUGACAACAUUGAGGACAUGAUCGGCUACCGUCCAGGACCUUACAUCAAAUAUUGUUGGUUGUUCUUCACUCCUGCAACCUGCAUUGGAACCUUUGCCUUCUCCCUCAUUAAAUACACUCCGCUGAAGUACAACAAUGUCUAUGUGUACCCGUGGUGGGGCUACAUCAUUGGAUGGCUGCUCGCCCUCUCCUCCAUGAUUUGCAUCCCAUUGUGGAUGGUGUACAAGAUCAGCACCACCCAGGGAACUCUGAAGGAGCGUGUGCAGUUACUUAUCAAACCAUCUGGAGAAUUACCCAAAACCAAAAGGGAGCAGGAGAGACUGCUGGUCAUUUUUGCUCCGGAUGGAGACGCCACCAAGGCUUCAAACAGCUAUAUCCCUGUCUUAGAGACAGACUCCAGCGUGUGAAGACGGUGAAAAGACCUCCAAGUGUUGCAGCCUUUUGUUACCAAGAAAAUAUAAGCACUUUGGUGUCUUGUUAUUUUUAUUCACAAUCUGUAUAGAGGACUUGGGAGAUUUAGCGCCUAUAUAUCAGAGAAAUAUUUUUUACCACGUGACAACAAAAGAAGGAGUGUUAGAAAAGGUCCAAUCCCCCAUCAAAAGUUGUUUUUAAGAGUAAGAAGGUUUUUUUGAAGUACAAGUGAGAACACAAAGUAUGAUAUCUGUAUGAAGUCAGACAACUUUUAGAGAAAGAACUGAUUUUUUAAAAGAAAUUAGCAAAAGAGACAAAACCAUAAAGAAGUUUUUUGGAAAAUGUUCGGAAACUGUUCUUUUUUUCCUCUUUUUGUUUGACGAAAAGGGCUGGACAGUGAUGUAGUGGCUAGCGUUCUCGCCUUACAGCCGUUGGCUGUGGUUUGAUUCCCAGCUGGGUCCUUCAUGUGUGGAGCUCAUGCAUGUGUCCAGGCAGUCCUGGCGACCUGUUCAGAGUGUACCCUGUCUUUAACCAACAGUGGAUGGGAUAAGCUCCAGCAACCCUAUGACCCCCCCCACACACUUUUGCUAUCUUAUGGGGUCUAAAUGACCCCACCCUUACAUUGAUGUGUUAUCCCUACCAUG